UUCAUGAGUAAGACAAGACAUUUGAGCUACAUCCACUUGAUCCUUGAAAAGGAAAUCUAAGAGGUUUUAACUAUCACUUUUUCUAGCCUAUAUAAGGUAGGUCAGUAAGGUAGCAAAAGCACAUCUGUUGUUUUGCUCCUUCAACUCUUUUUCCCGAUUCUUCUUGGGGGAAAACCUAAAACGGUGGAAAAUGAGCAUCACGGACGUGCUCAGUGCUGACGACAUCGCAGCAGCCCUGCGGGAAUGCCAAGACCCAGACACUUUUGAACCCCAAAAAUUCUUCCAGACAUCAGGCCUCUCCAAGAUGUCAGCCAGUCAGGUGAAGGAUGUUUUCCGGUUCAUAGACAAUGACCAGAGCGGGUACCUGGAUGAAGAAGAGCUUAAGUUUUUCCUCCAGAAGUUUGAGAGUGGUGCCAGAGAACUGACCGAGUCAGAAACCAAGUCCUUGAUGGCAGCUGCGGAUAAUGACGGAGAUGGAAAGAUUGGGGCAGAGGAAUUCCAGGAAAUGGUGCGUUCUUAAUACGCCCCAGUCAUUGGAGAAAAGAGAGAAAGGUAUAGUCACCUGGAAGGAUUCCAAAACCCUGGGAAUGGGGAAACCCGCAUCCUACCCUACCUAAUUUGUUAAUUUUCCCUGAAAACCUUCUGCGGUUUGCUCAUUUUUGGUGGUGGAUAUGCCCUGAUGACUUCUGUAAGCACCCCCACCCCAGUCCCCAAAGGCAAUGCCUCUAAAAAUCAUCCAAUAAAGGCAGGCUU